AUGCUGGAGAAGGAGUCUCUGGGGGAGCAGGUGGAGACACUGGAGGAGGAGUCUCUGGGGGAGCGGGCGGAGCUGCUUGACCGAGGAUCGGCAGGCAAUCCGGAGCCUCCUCAGCCAGGAGGCGUCCCCAGCCGUGACCCCGGACAGUCACAUACCAUUACCCCCGUCCGCGUUACAGAAAAUGGGGACGUGGACGACCCUGAGGCCUUCCUGGAUUUGUUUGAGCAAACCGCCGAGAUCUGGGGCUGGCUGCUCGGCCAAUGGGCGGCCCGACUUAUCCCGCUUUUGUCCGGGGAAGCCCAGCUCGUGGCUCAACAACUGCCAGCGAUGAGUCUCCUGGCCUACGGAGAUUUAAAGAAAGCCAUCCUGCAACGGGUUGGUCGGACUACGGAGGAAAGUCGUCAACUCUUCCGGAGCUUGAAGUUGGAGAGCUCCGACCGCCCAUUUGCCUUUGCCCAAUGGCUCCGUGACGCCUGCCGAAGAUGGUUGCUAGCGGGGGACCGCGACGUCGACGGGAUUAUCGACCAGGUGGUACUAGAACAGUUAAUACAUCGUCUGCCAAAAGGGACGGUGGAGUGGGUCCAGUGCCACCGCCCGGCAUCGCUGGAGGAAGCCGUCCGGCUUGCGGAGGACCACAUGGCGGCGAUCCCGAGGGCGGAAGAGCCCUCCUACACUCUCUCUCCUCCCUCUGUCUCAUCCCCCUCCCCUCUCUCCUCUCAUUCUGCUCUCUCGCCAGGUCCUGUUCCUGCCCCACGCAGACAAGGAGGACUUCAGCCCCUGAGACCAGUUCCCCGGGUGUGGGAGGCGACACCUUCCCCUAUCCCAAUGCCCCGCCGCUCUCCCCCUCGGGGGAGGGGGCGCCCGCCGACGCAAGUGCGGGCGUAGCGCCUGGGCCAGCCUGAUGGAGGUGCGGAGACCCGGGCCACUUCCGGGAUCAGUGCCCUCUGAUGGAGCUGGGAACGGUGGUGCGGGUCUCUGACCUCCCACAGGCUGCCCCCGACUGGGCCGGAGCGUACCGGAUACCGUGAUGGCGGAGGGAGGCUUAAAAGGCACACCGAAGCAUCAGAGGGGGAGAGAGUGUUCGUCAAGCAACAGCCUGUAACCAGAGAGAGAUUGUGUUUGUUUAUGUUUAGAGUGCUUUCAGUUAUUAGAAAUCUUAUUCCUUUGUUAUCGACGGUUACCGUCGAUUGUGUGUAUGGUUCAGAAGGACAAUAGAAGGACUGACCUUGAACCUGCUUCGUUGUCUCCUGACUCCUCCAUUGCCCCGAACUAAGAACCUGUUACAGGACCAUUUAUUUCUAGGGGUCUUAAUAGAGGGGGUGGAAAUGGUAAUGAUAAAUUAAAUUAUGACUGUUUUUACUGCAAGAAACUUUAAGUACACAGCAUGAUAUAACAUAAUUUUCCUUAGGGAAAAAAAUAAAAUGAUUUAAUACCUAA